CAGUUUGAGAUUUUUACUCGUAGAGUUAAGAUGAAAAUUUCUAAAUUGCUUCUACUGUUAUCAACUAUAGUUCUAUUGUCUCAAGUACAUUCGGACCCGACUGGUGAACGGUGUGAAGAAUGUACUGUACAAGAUUGUUUAUAUGGUAUCCAUCCAGAUGCUGAAACUCCAGGAAUUUGUGAUUGCCGGUGUAAAGAUUGCAGUGACCAUUGUGAAAACUGUAAGUACGGAGUUCUCAAUCUGAAAUCGGAUGGUUGUCCAGAUUGUUCGUCUUGUUGCGACAAUCCCUGUGAUAGAAAUCCAUGUUCUGGUCACAAAAGCGUCUGUGUCGUGAAUAAAUAUCCGAAUCCUUUCCAAGUGAUUUGCCGAUAUGGUUAUACAUGUGUCGAACCAGAGCAUCCCGUCUUCGAUUGUAAAGAUGUGAAAUGCCCCGAUGGUCAAACCUGUAUUGAAGGUAGCCUCAAAAAUAGCAUACCAGCCAAGUGUGUUUGUCCACCUGUAUGCCAAAUCUUUUGUGAAUAUGGCAAGGUUACGGAUAAAAAUGGAUGUCCUACUUGCACAUGUAACCCACCGCCACCGUCAACAUGUAACAAGAACUCAGAUUGCCCUACAAACCAAGUUUGCGAUGUAACAACGAAAAUGUGUGGCUGCCCAGACGUGAUGUGUACUAUGUUCUGUGAAAAUGGAUUUGAACAAUUAAACGGAUGCAACAUAUGCAAAUGUAGAGAAUCAAUGUCUUGUUCGGAAAAAAGAUGUGGUCCAGGUGAAAUUUGUGUUGAAGAUAACAUUCAAUGUGAAACCGCCCCUUGUAAUAGAAAUCCACAAUGUAAAAAAUCAGAAACUUGCAGCAAAAAAUCUGAUUGUCCUACAAAUCAAGUUUGCGAUGAAGAAACGAAAACGUGCGGCUGUGCAAAAUACAUGUGUGAAAUGUUCUGCGAAGAUGGAUUUGAACAAUUAAACGGAUGUCCUAUAUGCAAAUGUAGAAAAUCAGAGUCUUGCUUGGACAAAAGAUGUGGUCCCGGAGAAACUUGUAUCGAAGAUGAUAUCCAAUGUGUAACUGCUCCAUGCUACAAAAACCCCCGUUGUGUGAAAUCAGAAACUUGCAGCAAGGACUUCGAUUGUCUUGAAAACCAAGUUUGCGAUGCAGCAACAAGAACAUGCUUGAUUUUUUGCCCAAAACUCAUGUGUGCUACGUUCUGCGAAGAUGGGUAUGAACAAGUAAACGGCUGUAAUACUUGCCAAUGUACAAAAAAAUUACAACGAAAUCAUAUUAUUGCCAUUGCUAUCACAGUUACAAUUUUAAUUUUGGUGGCUGUUGUGAUAUCAGUAUUUACUUGCCACUACAUGAAGAAAAGAGCAACAGUAAGACAAUCAGACAAUCAUCAAGACGCUGGUAAUAAACAAAUAAAAGAAGGGAUCAGUCCACCGCCCUACUACAUCCAUCCAAGUGACGAGAAAGGAAAACCUGAACAAUAUGACACUAUAGAGGUUCUACCAUCAACGCCACCUCCGCAAUACACUUCUGUAGCGUUUUAA